GUCUAGUACCAUCCAUCCAUCAAUAAUAGAGGUAUGGGUGUUAUAUAAGCCUUGUUGAGUGACGUCGCAUUACCGUAAUAACCAUAACACUCAUAAAUGCACAAUUUUUACCAGACUUAGUAUGACUUUACAAUGGGAUGGCAUGAAUAGUACCUAAAUGAAAUUUCAUAUAUUUCGAUUUUAGCAUUGUUAGAACACUGAAUAUAUACAUUUUAAGACUUGGGAAGUUUAGAAAGGGCAUUAUUUUGUAUCUUACGGUAAUUUUGAUGACGUAGGGUUUUGUUUUCUUGUUGAUUGGCCCUCAGGAAUUGGCGCCCCUUCGCCGACCUCGUCUGAAAGCUAGCAAAACAACACAUCUUCGUAUAUGACUUCUAUUUAAGUCUUCAACUCACUAUUGCUCUCAUUGUUGUUGUUUUUUGGCAACCCGAAUUCACUCUAAUGUUUCUCCCCCGGAUGUUUACAAGCCGCAAGGAGAAUGACUUCAGAGUUGGAAAAAGCACUUGAAGAUAUACUUAAGAGUGGAGACCAUGCAACUCUGAAUGGAUUCUUGCGAAACACCACCAAUGUGGCAACUCUCAUAAAAUGUCCACAACGGUUUCUAAACAAACUGGAUGUUCUCAUGACCAGGAGUUUGGAACAAAACGAUUCCACCACAGCCUGUGAGGGUCUAGCAAUCCUCCACAAAUGUGGGAAGAACCUGAAAUUGCCCGAUGGAGGCCAAGGGCUGUCAGGAAUAAUAACUCAAGGCCUGAUAAAAAAGAUGGUGCAGUGGUUUGAGAAAUGCAAGAAAUUGUGGAUUCAGCGUGGGUCAUAUUCAGACGAGUACUUGUCCAGACUUUCUGAAAACUUCUUUGAUGCUGUAAUGGUGGUCCAUGAAGCGUCCCAAGAAGGAGCGUAUGGAAUUACUGAGUCCUUCCUGUAUUCCAUUGGCCAGUUGGUCAUCGAUGCCAGAAUUUACAUCGUAAUCAAGAAAGAGGCAAUCCGUAAACUGAACAUGAUUCUGGAAAAAAUCCCGGUGGAACUUAAGAAAGAUAAGAAGAUCCUGACCUCACAGGAGGCCUCAGAGAUUAUGACCAAGUUGGCUGGUCAGAUAUUGCACUGUGGGGAUUAUGAUUUGCAAAUAGCUCUGAUCGAGGCAUUGUUCCGAAUGACAACACCCAUCCAGAGAAAACAACAGACAGAUCACUGGUUCAGCAUGGCUCAUGUGGCUGGUGCCUUUGUCCAGAUCCAAGUUUCUGAGUUUGAGGCGGAUUGUCGCAGUUUUCUGAACUUUGUGAAUGGAAUACAAGGAGACAGGAGAAGAGUUCAUUCCUUCCCGUGUUUGGCGAUUUAUUUGGAUAAGUUUGAGCUGCUGAUGCCUGCUGAUGACAAGCUGAAAGAAUUCUGGAUUGACUUUAACCUUGGCAGCCAAUGCAUCUCUUUUUACUUCUCAUGUGCAGAGGAAAAGUCUCAGACUGGUCUGUGGGAUACAAUAUGCAUCAGUGAGAAUGAAGUUCAAAGUUACACUGUUACAGAGAUGGGAACGAGACAAGUUUUAAAGUUGCAGCUAUCAGACGUGGUCAUGGCGGGUAUGGUAGAAGGAUCAAGUCUUGCUAUCCAUUUCAGCUCCACUUUGGACAUCCUUCAAACUGUUGGUUACGUCUAUGGAAACAAGAAGACCAAAAAUACAGUAGGAAAGACAUCUGUUGUAAAGACGACAGUAAACGUUAUUAUGGAAGAGGGCAGCUCCCAGCAGACUGUUGUUCCAGAGAGUCAAAUUUCCCUUGGUAACAGUGACAAAAACACUGCCUCUCAUCUUAUACAAGCACGGCCUACAUCAGCAAAGACCCCUACCAAGAUGAGGAUUUCUGAGUCGACCAUCUGCAUCAGCAGUAGUUCCAAAGGGAGUGUACAUGGCCCUUCUAGCUUCCUUUCUGGUGGAAUUCCAUCAAGGAAACCAUCUCUGGAGAUGCGCCCUGCUUCUAAUAGAAAGAGAGAAACUAUCUUCACAGAAGAAACAACUUCUGAUGAAAACGUCAACCGUGGUCCGUCACCUUACACCACAAAAUCUGAUGAUUCGAGAAAACAGAACAUACCAGUUGUGAUAGCAACAGGAAUGAUGCUAGCAGCACAGGGCACAGAUCAGUCUCAGGAGAAUUGUUUUGUACCUGACACUCAGCCUGUAACGGAAAGGAAUGCGUCUCACUGGAGCAAAAUGUCAGUUUCAGAAAUGCUCAUGAUGCCUACACAGAAAAUCAGUUCUCUGUCAAGGCUUGAGGUGUGUUCAAAUUUGACAAAGCAGCAGAAAUGCUUGUCAUCUGCUCUAAAGGUUCCAGAUCCAAUUAGUAUAAAACCGCAUCAUACCCAACCCAUCCAGCGGCAACAAGAGGUCAUCAGGGGGAGAAACACUGUGCUUGGACCAAAGGAAGCCUUCACAGCCGAAACAUUGACAUUUGAUCCAAAUGGCUCUAAAGGAAAACAGUUUGGGGACUCAUCUAAAUCCAACCUGUGUAUUCCAAAAGAUGUAGAAACCCUAGGAAAAAGCCUGGGCAUAAAAAAGAGCAGAGGAAAGUCAUCCUUGGUAACAGAUGUUCUGUCAGUUAAGGCUCCAAUCGAGGCAUCCAUAUAUAACCACGAAAGGACACCAAAUGAGAGAGAUGUGCAGGUUGCAGGUAGCAUGGUGAAACUCAUCUCAAGCCAUUAUACAAAAAACAACCAAACCAAAGGAAAAGUUCCAUCCCAAAUUAACAGGCCACUCUUUAAUAUGAGCUGGGUUUCAACUCGUAAAAAAAAUGUUGAAGCAGGAGAUGUAACCAAAUCCCACAAUAGAGACAAAUCAAACGCCGAUUACAAGAGGAAAGAUGUUUUUACAUUUUACACUGAUGAAACAUCCAGCGUAGGGGGAAGGGACAAAACACUCUUUGAAACAUCUUCAGUAUCAAGCAAAGGCGUUCAUCACUCUUCAGUUCAAACAAACACAAAAAGAGAACCUACAUCAAAACUGAAGCAGAAUGUGAAGAAGAAACUGUUCAGUGACACAGACACAGACUACGGCACUACCGAUGUCAGCUGGCUGAAAGACUCAAACAAGAAACCAAAUAUAUUUACCUACGGCAAAAAGCUACCCACUAUGUCCAAAGCGAUGCAGCCUAAUACUUCAUAUGAAUCCCUGAUUUUACCCCCAAAACAUAGAAAAAGCAAACCCAACAAGAACAUACCAAAUUUGGGGCUGACAAUGGAACAACCAAAGAAUGUCAGUAAGUCUGUGGCAGUACCUGGCAGGCCCUGCAUUGCUAACAGGAGACCCCAGCGAGCUGCAGCUUCUUCCAAGAACUACAAGGAGCCAGAAACUGAUGAGAGUCAAUCAGAAUCAGAUAAGGCUCUAACAAGCAAGAACAAGUCAAAGGAUUGGAUGUCAAAAACUCAGAAGAGUAAUGCAACUGAUCAUAUGAACAAGACAAAGAGCACUGGAAAAUACACAACCAAAACCUGUAAGAAGCUUAAGGAAAACCCUUAUGGCUGCCAGUCAGAGUUCUUAACUAAUCAACAGACUCCUUUUAAGACACAGGAAAUGAGUUUUAAUGGCAGCAAGUCCAAUGCACAGAUUCAUGCCCAAGAACAGAGAAACAUGUCAAAGUGUCCUCUUCCUACCUCCCAGACCUCUCCUUCCCCCAUCGAGAAGAUGCGGUCACAUGCAAGGUCCAACCAGUCUAUGGAUUUGCCCCGCUCUCCGUUUCUCAGCCAGCAAGAGUCCCCACUCUGUUCCUCCCCAAACCUUACCUGUCAGGAAACCUUCUCGCCAAUCUCCAGGCUACCUAAACCUCACUACGCAGACGCCUCUUCCUUCUGUACAAUGGCACCCAAGACAAUGGAGAAAAGUCAGAUCCAUCAACAAUUGAGCCCAGCUCUUCAGUCUUCUAUUUCAGCGUCUCCCUGUCCCUUGUUGACAUCCACAAAGCUGACAGCGGUCCCUUCUUCUCCCAACUUGCCGUUCCCUAAAGCCUCCAUCAGCCAUCACAUACACUGUAGCUUCAGUCAGGAAUCUACUGUAUCUCAGUGUUCCCUGAAUCUGUCUGUAUGCUCCAGUAGAAUUGAGCAAAGCCCAAUCGCUGCAGAGGCUGUUUGUCAGAAAACAGAGAAAACACCCUAUUCAUACAAAGACUCUUCAAAUAGCCAACACACCUCAGGACCCAGUCGGAAACGUUGCAUCCCCUUGUCCAGUAGUUCUGAGGAGGAAGAGGAAAAGAUAGAAAAAAAAAAAACUAGAAAGACGUGCCCUUCUCGUUUAAAACCUCGAAGGCUACUGAAUACCUUUACAGAGGUAUUGCCUGAAAGUGAGAUGAAGCAGGUGUUGUCAACCUCCUGCAAUGUGUCAAAUCAUUGGUAUGCUGAUAAGAAAGAUGGAGAGAUGGACAUGGAGGAUUUAGAGUUACCGGAUGUCUUCAUUAACCCCAGUAAUUUAUGUCAGCAAUUCAGUUCUGAACUAAAGAAGAAGUUCCAGAAUCGCUUCAAAAUAAUGGAUGGUUAUAACAAGCAAGGUAUUAAGACUGUCCAGCAACAUGUCUCCUCUUUCAGGAUGCAACUUGACACACACAGGACCCAGAAGUUUGAAAAGGUCAAGAAUGUCCUCUUGGAAGAGAUCAACAAUCUGGAGCAGAGGAACACUGUCCUGAAUACUAUGGAGAAAGACCUAAAUAUUUACUUUAAAAAGCAGUGCAGUUCGUUCCUGUCUUAUCGAGAGGAGGAAACCAGGAGACAUGUGGUCCUGAAGAAAGCCCUUGAGAGUGACAUCUGUCCGAGCCUAGAGUACGAGGGGCGAUUGUUCACAUCUCAGAUGGUUCUGAUAAGGAAGGACUUGAAAACAGUUCAAGAAAGACUCCUCAAAAAAAUGCAAGAAGAGGAGUUCCAGAGUGUGAAGAGAGGUCUGCAGGCUUUGCUUUUCUCUGAUGGAGUGUCUGAGUGAUUGUUCUGUUCUUCCAGAGGUGUGAAAACUAUGGCGGUUCAUUAGGCCACCAUUGACUUUAUAAUAUGUUGUUUUGUACAAGCAGUGUGUUUUUAUGAAAAAUGUUCAAUGUAAUUUGUCUUCGCUCAGACAGAAGUUGCUGUUCUGCAUUUUCAGUUUGAAGGAAUUCUUAAUAAAAUAGGAAAAUUAAAAA